UACUUUCUUUUACUACUGAUGGGUCAGUUUUCUACCGGAAAUUCUGAAAAGUAUCAGGUUCAGCUAAAGACUGCAGUGUUGAUCACCUCUCCAGUUUUCCUAGUCUCUCCAUAAGCAGACCUGGUACUUAAAAAGACACUUUAAGAAAGGGCUGGCCCCAGAGAGGCAGGAUCCGCCUACCCCAGUGAGUGAGGCCGUCCUGACACCUCGUCAACAUUCUGGUGUUAACAUUCUGGUGUUAACAUUCUGGAAAACGGCCUCCAGGCUCAUUGCUCCGCCUAGAGCCGCGCCACCUCCAAAGGGUAGCACCGGCUACCCGCUCCGCAGAGCCGACUCCGAGCCGCGCAGAGCUAGAGGGUCGUUGUCCCGAGGGGACCUGAGCGCUCACUCAGUCAGCCAAUGGCCACGGAGCUAGGGCGGGACCUGAGAGUAUCCUGCCAAUGGGAGUACGGCAGGGCUGGAGGCUGGAGUGCCAGGGACUCAAGGCGGCCGUGGCGUUCGCACCCCCAGCUCGGGCAGAUGUGGAAACUUUGGGGAGGUGAAGAGGGCGCAGCGGCGCUCGGCGGCGCGCUCUUCUUGCUGCUUUUCGCGCUGGGGGUCCGCCAGCUGCUGAAGCUGAGGAGGCCGAUGGGCUUCCCUCCGGGGCCGCCGGGGCUGCCAUUUAUCGGCAACAUCUAUUCCCUGGCCGCCUCAGCCGAGCUUCCCCAUGUCUACAUGAGAAAGCAGAGCCAGGUGUACGGAGAGAUCUUCAGUUUAGAUCUUGGAGGCAUAUCAACUGUGGUUCUAAAUGGCUAUGAUGUAGUAAAGGAAUGCCUUGUUCAUCAAAGUGGAAUUUUUGCAGACAGACCAUGCCUUCCUUUAUUCAUGAAGAUGACAAAAAUGGGAGGCCUACUCAAUUCCAGAUAUGGCCGAGGAUGGGUCGAUCACAGACGAUUAGCUGUAAACAGCUUUCGAUAUUUUGGAUAUGGCCAAAAGUCUUUUGAAUCUAAAAUCUUGGAAGAAACCAAAUUUUUCACUGAUGCUAUUGAAACUUACAAAGGUAGACCUUUUGACUUUAAACAAUUAAUAACGAAUGCUGUUUCAAACAUAACCAAUCUGAUCAUUUUUGGAGAACGAUUCACUUAUGAAGACACCGAUUUUCAGCACAUGAUUGAGUUAUUUAGUGAAAAUGUGGAACUAGCUGCCAGUGCCUCAGUCUUCUUGUAUAAUGCCUUUCCAUGGAUUGGCAUCCUGCCUUUUGGAAAACAUCAACAGCUGUUUAGAAAUGCAUCUGUGGUCUAUGAUUUUCUCUCCAGACUCAUUGAAAAAGCUUCAGUCAACAGAAAGCCUCAGCUACCUCAGCAUUUUGUUGAUGCUUAUUUAGAUGAGAUGGAUCAAGGUAAAAAUGACCCAUCAUCUACUUUCUCCAAAGAAAACCUAAUUUUCUCAGUGGGUGAACUCAUCAUUGCUGGAACUGAAACUACAACCAAUGUGCUACGGUGGGCGAUUCUUUUCAUGGCCCUUUAUCCUAAUAUUCAAGGACAAGUUCAGAAAGAGAUUGAUUUAAUUAUGGGCCCCAAUGGGAAGCCUUCUUGGGACGACAAAUUCAACAUGCCUUAUACUGAGGCAGUUUUGCAUGAAGUUUUAAGAUUCUGUAAUAUAGUUCCAUUAGGGAUUUUCCAUGCAACCUCUGAAGAUGCAGUUGUACGUGGUUAUUCCAUUCCUAAAGGCACAACAGUAAUUACAAAUCUUUAUUCUGUACACUUUGAUGAAAAGUACUGGAGAGACCCAGAAGUGUUCCAUCCUGAGCGAUUUCUGGACAGCAGUGGAUAUUUUGCCAAGAAGGAAGCUUUGGUUCCUUUUUCCCUAGGAAAAUAUUGCUUCUUCUGUGAAAAGGUACAAAAGACCCAUGGAAGAUGGACUAGAAACUCUUCCCCUUCAUUGGGGAAGAACACACACUUAGUUGAAAUGAAGCGGACUUUUCUUGAGCAAAAUGUCUCACCUCAAAUUAGAUCUUUUGUGGCAUAUCUUAGGCUCUGUUACAGCAUGGGAGCGAAGUGGGAGAUGGAACUAAAGUCUUACAAAAGUCCAUGGUCUGACAAAAGGAGGGAGAAGACAUUGUCUUGGAGAACAGUUGGCUCGGAUGGAAAUGUUCUUGUUUUUCACAGCGUUGCUUCAGAGGUUUCAUUUGCAUUUUCCACAUGAACUAGUUCCAGAUCUGAAGCCCAGGUUAGGCAUGACAUUGCAGCCCCAACCCUACCUCAUCUGUGCUGAAAGACGCUGAAAGUGCCUGGAUGUUUUCGGGAGCAAGGAUGUAUAUUUACCUUAUCCCUGAACUUGGUUUAAUCAAAUCAAUGUGUGUAUUAGAAUAAAAGUCACAGCAUCAUAAAGCCAAAUGAACACAGAUGUGUCUUAAAAUAGUACUGGAGCAGAAACAAGCACUAGUCAUGAUUGCUUUUCAAGAUUUUAUGACUUCUGGGGUAAAAUUCUCUGUUGAGAGACACAAAGGUGCAAAUGAUGGGUGUUGCUUAAAAUGCUAAGAAGAGUCAUGGAUGCCCUAAGCAGAGCAUCUUGUUUAGUAGCAGGUACUUUUAUCCCUUCCUGACUUCAUCUGGCUUCUGUCCUGGGGGGCCUUGGUUCCAGAAACCAGCUCCCUUCUGAUCAGGUAUUGUCAUUAAUGAGCUGUGUGGUACCAGUCCAGUUUAACAGAGGACUACAGAAGAAAUUAAAACCCAAAUAAAUGAGUUUGGACUUUAGAGGUAUUUUAGAUAUGGUGGGAGAUUGUAGAAUAAAUAUAUAUUUAAUGUAGAGCCUGCCAGUGCUUUCAUAUCUUACUCCCUGCUCUGUCUUCAUAAGAACUGUGUCAUUCUUCUUAUAAAUGAGGGUCUGUGUGACCCUGAGUGUCCACCUUCAUAGCAGCAGUUAAGUAGAUAGGACAUUACAAUAAUAUAUUUAAAAUUUAAAAUGAUA